GUCACCUGGGAGAACACCACUCAGCUCUACUAUAUAAGACCGAGCAGAUCAAGAGGGGACCGUGAAACAGCUCCAUAAGCCAAAAGAGAGAAGGGCACCAGUCAGCGCACUUCACAAUUGCUCUCUGAGACGCUCGACAGAAAGGAGCACAGAAGCUCAAACAAUGAAAAGCACCUACUCUUUGGCAGGACUCCUGCUCCUCAUCAUCAUCCAAAGCAGCUGGCAGGUGCCUGACCAGGACACAGAUCGAAACUCCAUGUUAUUGACUGAAAACUCCUUGUUGACCGAACCAAUCGAGCUCUCAAACAUGAAGAGACAUUCAGAGGGAACAUUUUCCAACGACUACAGUAAAUACCUGGAGACAAGAAGAGCACAAGACUUUGUCCAGUGGCUAAAGAACUCAAAAAGGAAUGGGAGUCUAUUUAGACGCCAUGCAGACGGCACCUACACAAGUGACGUGAGCUCCUACCUGCAGGACCAGGCAGCCAAGGAGUUUGUGUCCUGGCUGAAGACUGGCCGAGGCAGAAGAGAUUAGACUCAACCACAAAGCUCCACCAGCCCCCUAAAUAAUGCAGCAAAUCCCAAUGACUCUGUGCCAUUAUAUGUUUCACAAUCUGUACUAGCCUAUUCUUCGGUCAUGGUAUUAAAUUCCCCUCGUAAGAGGCUCUGCCAGCCUUCAGCAGCUGAAGGAAAUGUUGUCAAAAUGCAAACAGUUACAGUUAUGUUUGAAGUGUGUCUCAAUCAUAAAUGCUGUGAAACUUUCA